AUGUCUCCAGCCCUGGCCGGGGCCCGCUCCUCAGCUCCGCGGUCCCGGCGCCCGCCGCCCCUGGCCGAAGAAGCCAGUACCCGCCCGCCGCCGCCUCUUCUGCCAGCGCCGCGGCGUCUCUCUAGCGCUCCAAGCUGCGUCCCCAUCCCCGCCCCCACCUCAGCUGUGGUUCCUCCGACGAGUCAGGUGACGGCGGCGGACAAACCCGGACGAGCCUCCCGGAGCGCCUCGCGGCCCCCUCCCAGCUACUCACACACACCGCCCCCCGGGGCCGCGAGCUUAAAGACGUGGGGGCGCCACGCGCAAGCAUCCUCAGCAAGCGGGAGGGGAGAAGAAGGAGGCGGAGAGGAGGGGAGGCCAACACCCACCCAGUCAGCCGCCCUCCGCCUGUGCCCGGCCGCCCCUCCGCCGCUGGCUCCGCACUCCGCACGCACUGGGAGCGCGCACCCGGCACACCUGUCCGCGGACUGCAAGGGGCGCCCUGGGCGGCGGGGGCGUUGGCCAAGCCGGGCAAGUGGGCUUCUCGGGUUCUACUCGGUGAAGGCCAAGGCAAGGGCGUCGUCGUGCGCUGCCUGGCGAAGCCCAGCCCCUUCUCCCCCACACUGCCGCGGACACGCCCGCCUGCCAAAGGCGACCGAGGCCCAGAUGAACAGGGCGAUCUUACAUGUCAGAUCCUACCGGCCAGCCGCGACCGUUACCUGUGCGUCCUUAGCUGCUCAGGCUCCUCCGCUUGUCUCAGUUACCUGGGAUUCCGGGUGGGCAGGAUUUCUCUCCUCAAGUAUUCCUGGGAAUCCUUAGAGAAUGCUACCACAUCCCUCUAACCCAUCGUGGUGGCCAAUCUGCCAUACAGAACUCUCCAAGUCACCUUUGACCAUUUCUAAGUGAGAACUGACACUGUUCACAAUGCACUGUUUUGUUCCUGAUAUAGAUAGAUCCUUUCUCUUAAGCUUUCCAAAUCUCAGCAAGGUGAGGGACAAUGAUGCUUUACCAUUUCAGAGAUGAACUCUGGUACCUCAGUGAUUUACCAUGGACAUUUGAAUCCAGUAUUGGGGUUGUAGCCUAGCUUUGUGCAGACUCCCAUGUGUCUGGACGCCAGUACACUACUCCAGCCAAGGAGAAAUCUCUGUGUUCCUUAACUUCAAGACCCCUAUUUCUUUGGUCCCAUAUUUCAGAAAUGCCCCAAGGACCAGGCCCACCAAUUCUUACUCUACCUAGACUAAUAUUGAAAAUAGGUACCUGGUAUUUUAGCAGAAGUAACCAGGCAUGGGUUGACAGUCAAGGCUUAAAUAAUGCAAUCAUAGUAGGUGAAAAAUGUACUUCCCAAGUUUUUGGAUAAUUCAAUCUUAAUAUGGAGGCCACUGACAUUCUCUUUGUAUCUGUAUUUUGGGGAAACAGUUCUCUAACUCUACAAAGAUAUAGUCUGCCUAAAAAUGCAGCCAUUUAUAUUACUACAUUCAAAUUGUGGAGACUUCACAAUUUUCUCCAGGAACAAUGGUAGGUACUUUUAUGUAAUUAAAAGUUCCAUCCUGGUGAAUUUCCCAGAACAAAGGGAAUUUGUUCUAAAACGUAGUUGAUAUUUCCAACUCUGGGAAUUGAAACAUUUAGCAACCACAAAUGGCAGUUCCUUUUCUAAAAGUAAUUUUUAAAAGUAAUUCUUAAUUCUUCCCCAAAAAUCCACACAAAGUUAUAGUUAAUAUUUGCCAUGAAUUCAGGUUAAUAUGGGGAAACAUAGAACAAAGAUGAGAUAUUCACAUGCAUUUCUUUUUAAAAGCUGUAACUCAGAGAAAUACAUUGGCGUUUCCAAAUGUAUAUCAUUGUUUUUUUCUGGAGAAAAGUUCUAGUGUAGGCCCUCUUUCUAUUUUCAUAACAGCAUUGACACAUAUUUCUUCCAACAGAAUUAUGUUCUAAUUCAAAUAAUUUAUGAAAAUAUACAUCUUAAGCUACAGAGGUGAUUGGAGCAAUUAGCUGGAAAUGAAAUACAUGAAAAAUUAAUAGUGAUUUUAUAACAUUUUAAGCAUGAAGGUUUUUUACUUACACAAAUAGUACCUAUUUAUUGUCUUCAAAAAUUGUGAGAUACAGGAAGGUAUAAAUAAGAAAAAUACUUACCAAUAAUCUUACUAUCUGAAGACAAUCAAUUGUUAUUUUGCUGCCUUUCCUUAGUGUA